AGCAUUUCCAGCCCUCUCCACAGCCAACGCGGUUUCAGGUCGUCGGUGAUUUCUGGCGCUGAGAAGCGUAAGGGGAGUGACCCCGCCCCUCCCGGCUGCCCCGCAGGCAGCAGCCAGGCAGCGCACCCACCGCACCGCGGCGCAGCUCCGCGCACGCAGCGCUCGAGCCCCAGCAGCCGUCGGUAACGGAGAAGAUGGCAGAGCGGCAACAACAGAAACACGAAGGCAGGGUAAAGAUCGGCCAUUACAUCCUCGGCGACACGCUCGGAGUGGGGACGUUCGGGAAAGUGAAGAUCGGACAGCACCAGUUAACAGGCCACAAAGUCGCCGUGAAGAUCCUGAACAGGCAGAAGAUCCGCAGCCUCGAUGUGGUGGGCAAAAUCAAGCGCGAGAUCCAGAACCUCAAGCUGUUCCGCCACCCUCACAUCAUCAAACUCUACCAGGUAAUAAGUACGCCCACGGAUUUCUUCAUGGUCAUGGAGUAUGUGUCUGGAGGCGAGCUGUUUGACUACAUCUGCAAAAACGGAAGGGUGGAGGACACAGAGGCUCGCCGUCUUUUCCAGCAGAUCAUCUCAGCCGUGGACUACUGCCACAGACACAUGGUGGUCCACAGAGACCUCAAACCUGAGAACGUCCUGCUUGAUGCCAACAAGAACGCCAAGAUCGCCGACUUUGGACUUUCAAACAUGAUGUCAGACGGAGAGUUCUUACGAACGAGCUGUGGAUCCCCCAACUACGCGGCUCCAGAGGUCAUCUCAGGAAGGCUGUACGCGGGCCCAGAGGUCGACAUCUGGAGCUGCGGAGUGAUCCUGUACGCCCUGCUGUGUGGCACUCUGCCCUUUGACGACGAGCACGUUCCCACCCUCUUCAAGAAGAUCAGAGGAGGCGUCUUCUACAUACCCGAGUACCUGACCCGCUCCGUGGCCUCGCUGCUCAUGCUCAUGCUGCAGGUGGAUCCACUUAAGAGGGCCACCAUCAAAGACAUCAGGGAACAUGAGUGGUUUAAGCAGGAGCUGCCGGGCUACCUGUUCCCGGAGGACCCGUCGUACGAUUCCACCGUCCUGGACGAAGAGGCCGUCAGGGAAGUGUGUGAGAAGUUUGAGUGCAACGAGUCUGAAGUCGUGUCCAGUCUCUACAGCGGAGAUCCACAGGAUCAGCUGGCGGUAGCUUAUCACCUCAUCAUAGAUAACCGGCGCAUCAUGACGCAGGCCAGCGAGUUCUACCUGGCGUCCAGUCCGCCGCAGGGCUCCUUCAUAGAAGAAGGCAUGCCGCUGCCCCCCGGCGUCAAGCCCCACCCAGAGAGGAUGCCUCCGCUGUUGGCCGACAGCCCCAAAUCCCGCUGUCCUCUGGACGCUCUGAACACGACCCGGCCCAAACCUCUGGCGGUGAAGAAGGCCAAAUGGCACCUGGGCAUCAGGAGCCAGAGCAGACCGUACGACAUCAUGGCCGAGGUGUACAGAGCCAUGAAGCAGCUCAACUUUGACUGGAAGGUGGUGAACCCGUAUCAUCUGCGAGUCCGACGGAAGAACCCGGUAACAGGAAACCUGGUGAAAAUGAGCCUGCAGCUCUACCAAGUUGACAACAGAUCCUACCUCCUGGACUUCAAGAGCAUUGAUGACGACAUCAUCGAGGCGGCGGGCUUUAAAUCUGGGUCGUCCACUCCCCAGCGCUCAGGCUCCACCGCCGGUCUCCACAGACCCCGGCUGAGCAUCGACUCUGCGAGCCCCGCUAUCGAUCUGCCCCAGCUCAGCUCCUCUCUCCCGGGUUCCCUGUCCGGCAGUUCCCCCCUGCUCGCCCCACGCCAGGGCUCUCACACCAUGGACUUCUUCGAAAUGUGUGCCAGUCUCAUCAUCGCGCUGGCCCGCUGAGCUCCCCCCACCUCCCUCGUAGCCCUGGAAGUAGGUGGUUGUUUUAGCGCUAGCUGCAAAUCUGGGAUGCAUUGAUGAACUUGUGGAAAGAAAAAAAAAAAAAAAAAAGGGAAAGGUCGCACUCCUCCCACAAAAUCCCUUCGGUCUUUUUAUCAGCUGCAUCAACACAUACUGGCUGGACGUCCCGCUGGGGUAGCCUCAGACGCUGUUCUGAGGUCAGUUCUGCUGCCCGUCUCUCUGGCUGCUGUUGCAGCUGUGUCGGGAGGAACAUUGCUACACGUAGAUUUCAGCUUUUAUAUGGGUUGUAUAGACGCUUUUUUUUGUCAUAUUUAUAUCACUUUAAUUGUUGAUUUGAAAAAAAAAAAAAAAAAGCAGUUGUCAAAGAUUUACCAAAAAACAGACUUUCUACAUCAGAAAGAAUAUAAUUUUUUUCAGAUAUCAGAUUCAUAUUUAUUUUUAGAAGAUUGUUUUUUUAGACGCUAGUUUUAUCCAAAAACACCUCCGCGGAGUUUUAACCUAAUUCUCGAGUAGGUCCGAGUUUGACGAAGCUCGACAGGAAGUGGGAAGGCGCGCCACGCGAGUGUCAUUUCAACGCGUUCAUCUGUCAGGCGACACCGACGUGCAACACGCUCCGAGGCUCUGAUAGAGCAGCUGACGCUCAGCUUGUCCACGGCGCUUGGAACGGGACUUGGUCUUGAAAAGGCCUCGGUCGUCUGAAGGAGGGACAGGGAGGUACGCACCGAGCCCAGUAACGACAGAUGGCUCCGAGCCGCAGAAGGAAAUGCUUCAGGGUUUACAAAUGGCGUCGCGUUAACUUCUCAAGCCGUGACGGAGCCGGUUAAAGAAAGCGGAGGUUGGCGGUUAAUCUGAAACAGUCAGUCAUGUGAGAUGGCGUGUAGCUGCUGCAGGAGAGCAGAAGGCACAUGUCUACCUGUCCACAGAUGCCUUAAAGAGCGCGACACACAGCAUUUCUGCACACAUGCAUGUGUUUGUGCCAGGGUGUGCGCUGAAGGUCAGCUAGAGUCUUGUCCUCCGUCUUUACAAGCUGUCCGUGUAAAGCCUGGAAGGUCAGAGAUGCUGGAGUGAUCUGAAUUUAAAAACCUCAACGUUAUUGUGCACCGUUGGCGCCUGAGCCGCCGCCUGCUCUGUUCUCUCUGCACUUUCACUCCUUUGCUGGGCUCAGCCGUUUGUCGCAGCACACUCCAUGAGUGCGUACAGGUUUUACUGUAUGAGUAGUUUCACAUCUGUGUUGAUGCUUUAUUAUUAAUUACUGUAGAAAGUUGCGUUAGGUCGCGCCACUGUAACGUUUCCCCCCACCCCUCGCAUUAGUACAUGUCAGUUUUUCAAAUAGUGUGACUGAAUGUAAAAUGAAAACUCGUGCCACUUUUCUUCUUUACUCUUUUAAGUUUUAGACCUCCAUGUUUGGGUAGAAAGGGUAGAUUGUUUGCCUUUCUGCAGUUUGCAGUAAAGCUGAGGGAUUUCAGUCUGACGACUAAGCUCUGCAGACCAAUCUCUGAAAAGCUUUAGAAAACACUUGUAAUACAUUUGUAAUCUGAUUAUUUCUAUUUUCUGGUGGAACAGAUGAUAUCAUAUUGGGUUAAGGUCAGAGAGGAAGACAUGAAGUGAAGACUAUGUCGGAUAAAGUGCCAGUCAGAAGUUUACAUACACGUAUCAUUGACAUGGAUUUCAUCUAAACGAUGCGUUCAAAUGCUGUUUGUUUAGGCUUCUCUAUAUAUACAACAAACUACUUCAAUAAAUUAUAGAAACAUGAAUUUGUAUUAUAUCUAAUCCAAAUAGGGUCAAAAUUAUAUUUAAAAACCAAUCUUAAAUAUGUACAUGUACCCGCAUAGAUGGUUGAACAUCCCUUAGCAAGUUGCAGAGAAGUCAACAAGCUUCUAGGUUAAGUUUUGACUGGAUAAUUGAUCACUUUUCUUAUGAGAAAGGGAAGAGCUCAUUUAAAAUAGUAAGUUUUCCUACUCUAGACGUGGCUUUUAAGCUUCAGUCCAUGGAUAUCAAGCUUCAGAGUAGCCUGAUAUAUUCAUUCCUGAAACAUUUUUGAACGUGUGUUUGGGAUCAAUGUCCUUUUGAACGUCCAACUGUGUCCAAAUUUCAACCAUCUAGUUGUAGUUUUAAGGUGAAAUUGAAGAAAGGUGGUCUUCCCUUUUUAUUUAUUGGCCUGUUUUCCAUCAGAGGCAGUGAAACAAGGCCUUAGCACGAUGCUUCCACCACCGUGCUGGUCAGCUGGUACAGUGUCCGUAGGUUCGAAAGCCUCAUUUUCACUCCUUCACAUGUACUUGCUGUCAAACAUCUUUUUAUUGUCUUUUUGAACAUAAAACUUUUCUCUAGUUUAUAAUCAGUUUGAGGCUAAUGGGCUAAACAUCCUACGUCAGAUAGUGAAAGUUAGACACCGUUGGGCGUCUAUGCAGGACAAAGAUUCCAAAAAUAUAUCAAAGUUUGUUUUAGAGAGGACAAAUUAAGCUUCUGGAAUGCCUCUUGAUGUUUGACAUUUGCGGCCAAUGCUUAAAAUCCAGGUUUUAGGAAACAAACCAUUUAAAUGAACUCUACUAUUUAUGUCUCAUAUUAAGCCAAAAUAAUCCCAGCAGCUCGUGGAUGCACGUGGUUUCUCUGCACCUUUCUGAGCAACAUUUACCUAAAUAUUUGUGGGGGUUCAGGUAUAAAUCUGAAAAAAAAAA